AUGUCUCAAUCUCUUGUCUUCAUUACCGGGUCGACAGGCUUCAUUGGGUCUCAUGUCGUUAUCCAAACGCUCGAAGCAGGCUACAAGGUUCGCCUAAGCGUGCGCAAGGAAUCUCAAAUUGAAGGUCUCAAGAAGCUCUUCUCCAAGCAUAUCAGCAACGUCGACUUUGUCGUCAUUCCGGAUCUGUCUGUCUCAAGCGCUUUCGACAGUGCCUUGAAAGAUGUCGAUUACGUCCUACAUCUCGCUUCACCGAUGCCUGGAAAAGGUGAAGACUUCAAGAAAGAGUACCUCCAACCUGCGGUGCAAGGUACAACAUCGGUCUUAAAUGCCGCAAAGAAGUUCAGCACCAUCAAACGCGUCGUCAUCGUGUCAUCGAUACUUGCCUUGGUUCAACUAGAUGCGCUGACAGGAGGCAAGUUUGAACCAAGAGAAGGGCGAAAUCAGGAGAUCUCCGUGGAUCCCAACAUGGAAUUUCCCGCGGAUCCGAUGGCCAGCGGAGGAGCAAAGUAUCACGCCUCUAAGCUUCUAGCCCAUCGAGCCACCCUCGAAUGGGUUGCAGAGAACAAGCCCCAUUUUGUUGUCAUCACCCUACAUCCCUCCUUCGUCUUUGGUCGCAACCUCGGCCAGACAUCUCCUGACGGAGUGGAUGGUACUAAUGCCAUGCUUUGGGGUUGCCUCUACUCCGAAAAGCCCUUCAUCCCCGCAGUUGGAGUAGAUGUCCGAGACGUUGCACUUGCACACGUUCGCGCCUUGGAGACGAAGCUUGAUGGCAAAAAUGAAGUUCAAGAGUUUGUGUUGAGCGCUAGUGAGAAGGACGGAUGGUCUUGGACCAACAUAGCGAAGUUUGCACAAGAGAAAUAUCCUGGCUUAGGUACAAAGUUGGAAGGUUCAUUUGAUGCACCUCCACCUGUCGAGUCACGCCGCGCCCAGGAAAUCCUAGGCAUCAGGUGGAAGAGGAUGGAAGACACUAUCGCAUCUUUCUUGGAUCAUCAGCUCGAGUUGAGGGCCCAGCUCUAG